GAUGGUGAAGCAGCUCACCUCAGGGGACUGCUACUGGGACCUUGAAGAUGGUUCCUCUAUCGCUCAAGAGAAAGUUAUAGGUGGCAUUGCCCUGGUUGAGGGGUGUAAGAACUGGCGCUAGCCACCUGGAUGGGGUGAGAAGGUCAUCUCGCUCCUUCCACACCCUCUUGCAACCUGUGGCAAGUUGUUACAAUGUUUCCACCAAUGUCCACGCUCCCCAUUGGCGCCCCACCAUGCAUCCCCAUUGGUCAUGGUGGCAGGGACAGGGCUGUGAUUGGUUCGCAGCCUGGGGUACCAGGUCAGUUUUUUACCUGAGGCAAGAGCCUCUCUUCUUAUUCUGCGACGGGCAGUCGUGAGUGACUGACUCGUCAGGGCUUCGAGCAGCUUCCUGCGUGUUCCACAAGUGUCGAAGGUGCAUGGUCCACCGUGGUGGCCUUAAAGAUUAUAAUGGCCACCCCUGGAGAAGGCAACCAACCCAGUGAUGAUGGGGCACCCCAGCCAGUGGCGCAGCUGCAGAAGCUUGAGCCCCGGGUGGUCCGCAGACGCCUGUCCCAGGCCCGCCAUCGAGCCACCCUGGUAGGGCUCUUCAACAACCUAAGGAAGGCAGUUUUCUCCCAGUCUGAUAUCACAGCCUCAAAGUGGCAGGUACUGAAUAGGACAAAGAUUCAUAUUCAGGAACAGGAAGAAAGCCUGGAUAAGUUGCUGAAGCUCAAAGCAUCCUUCAACCUGCAAGAUGGGAAUCCCAACAGCUUAGAGGAGGUCAAGGAAGAAUAUGCCAGAAUGUACUCUGAGAAUGACAGUGUAUUCCUAAACAGCUUUCUUCAGGACAGCCCCCCUGAGUGGUUCCCCUCUGAGGCUGUUGGACCGGAUGCUGAAGAAGAAGGAGAAGAAGAAGGAGAAGAAGAAGGAAGAGGAGGAGGAGGAGAAGGAGACGAAGAAGGAGAAGAAGAAGAAGAAAACGGUGAAGAGAGAGAGGGAGAGGAGUACCAGGAAGAGGAAGAAGAGGAAGAGGAGGAGAAAAAAGUCAAUCUCUCCCACUCCUCCUCCACUCUGUUGCCGGACCUCAUGGAAUUUGAACGGUAUCUCAACUUUUACAAGCAGACCAUGGACCUCCUGACCAUGAACAGCAUCAUCUCUGCACAUGAAGUGACACUCCCUAUUGUCUCUGCCGCCAUCUCCCACCUGUGGCAGACUCUCUCUGAGGAGAAAAAGGCCAGACUCCUGCAGGUGUGGGAACAGCAGCACAGCGCCUUCGUAGACCUCACCGAGGCCUGUCUAGAGCUGGCCGGGGUGGAGGGCAGCAUGAAGGACAGCGGUGUGGACAGCCAGGGAGCAAGCUGCUCGCUGGAGUCCACCCCAGAAGAGAUCCUUUUUGAAGAUGCUUUUGACGUGGCAAGUUUCCUGGACAAGAGCGAGGCCCAGCAUGUGUCUAACAUCAGCUCUAUGUUUGCCACCUGCAACUCAGAAAAUCCAGAGGAGAAAUUUCAGCUCUACAUACAGAUCAUUGAGUUUUUCAAAAGCCUUGGCUGUGUUAACACUCCAUUAAACCAGGAACCAGAUCCCCCAGUCGAUGAUGAUGUGAUGUUGCUGAAGUGCCUGGAGACCUUUGACGAUCUGUAAAGCAGGAGGGCCGCCGAGAAGGAGGAGAUUAAAUGGGGGAGGGGCGGGUUCAAGUUUGAAUACCAGUAGCUAGAGUUAUAUUGCCUUGUCUUUCAAGACUCAUUGAGAAAGGCUGCUUCCGAAAGCCUUCUCUAUGUUCUUAGUUUCUGUUACUAUAAAGUUUUAAGAGCAAUGAU